CUUCAAUCCCGGAAGUAUCCAGAGUUGACUCCGAGUGGAUCGAUUUGAAUAUUUUUAAGCAUAGCCACUGUUUGUUAAAGAAUAUUGCACUAAGGAAGUGAUGUGAUUUAUCUGGUACCAAAGAGAGAAAACUAUGGAUGCAUCGCUGGUUGCCUUCGUGCCGGUUCCAAUAGAGUUGAAAGGCCAUGUCAUUGGUAAGCAUCGAGUCGUGCUUAAUGAAAUGAUUGAGCUUUCUGGAACCACAAUUGAUCCCGGGAGCAGAGAUCAACCAGGGUUUACUAUAACUGGAAACGAAGAGGGAAUAGAGAUGGCCAAACAGCUUAUAUCUGAAAAACUGGAGGAGCUGAAAGAUAAUUGGGACGAGCUGAUUGAAAUUCCAGAUAGACACAAAGGCAGGGUGAUUGGGAAAUGGAAAACUAAGUUACGCGAGCUAGAAACCGAAACAGGAGUAAGACUUUUUGUCAAGGAACGAGAAGUAUAUAUAGUCCGUGGAACAGAACAACAACGGCGACGUGCAAAAAUUAGCAUUGGAAAAAUUGUGGCUGAAGCAAGAAUGAAGGAUUUUGAAAACGAACUUUAUAAAGUUUGCUCCUAUGUCGAUGGCUGUCAUCUUCCUGUGAACUGUAAACUCAAGCUUGAGGAGACACCAGAAGAGGAUCACACCUAUUAUCGGCUAAAGCCAGCUGAGCACUUUGAAAGGGAGGAUUCCUACAAUAACUGGAAAGACACCGUGUAUCAAUCAAAUCUUGGGGAUGAAGUUUUGAUCUCUCUAAGGAAGAUUAUAAAUAACGUGGAAACAGCUGAGAAUCCGAAGGUCGACAUGUGGUGCCAUUUAGGAACCUCCCUUAUUAGAGCACCUGGUGAAGAAGACGUUCUCCAACAAACGUGGAGUAUCGAGGAGAUAACAGAAAAGUUUCAAAAGCCCGAUGAAGGAGAAAGUUUUUGGAAAGUUUCUUUUACCCAGCGAGAUGACAUUCCAGAGGAUAUCUUUAAAAGAAAUGGCUACAUAGAGAUCACUGAAGACGACGAAUAUAUCUCCAGAUAUGACCUGACAUAUCUGACACCCUGCUUUCAUAAACUUAGAUGUAAGGUGUGGGUGGCAAAGAGUAACAUAAAGAAAAGGCUGGAAGAUAUACCAAUCCCUUUCAGUGACGUUAAAAAUGUACUGGAGGAGAUUUAUUUCGAAGAUGAUUUGACACGAGCACGCUGUCGUGGAUGGCUCGUACUUAAAUCUCGAAGGCAUUUGCAGAGCGACAUUCUGUUUCCUGGCUGCGAGCUAGACUGCAGGUUCACUAUGCGUGAGCGAAGAGAUUAUGCUUUUGAAAGAGGAGACGUUCCGAAAAUCGAAGUGAGACGCACUUUGUCCACAUACCUUUCUCGAUUAACUUGGACAGAUGAAGAUGCCUUCGGAUUACGUCUUCCAGAUCACAAUUUUCCUGAGGGAUUUCACUUACUCCAUAAGCGUUGCUGUAAGCGAAAAAUGUACAGUACGCGCCCAGGAUUCUCUGCCAUAAUUUCGCAGGAGAACUCAUGGUGGACUGACCCUUCAGGAAAUGAAACAAACAGGGAAUCGACCGACCUCCAUCUACACAGCGAAGAGUGCGACAAACUCCUUAGUAGCUCAGAUUGGCAACCGGAAAUCAUAGUUCAAAAGUUGCCUGCAUUUCUUGAAUUUGUAAAGGAAAUUCAAGGCUAUGUCGUGCGGGAAAUGAAAGAAACUGGAUCAACAAGAACAGUUCCUCCGGAGAUCCUUGCAAGGGGCCCUUCAGCCUUAAAAGCCUACUAUGACGCAUUGGACGAAGGAAAAAUCUGUGACAGGAGAGUACCAUUGAUGUUGGUUGGACAAGACCGAUCUGGAAAGACUAGCUUGAAGAAAUCGCUGAAGGGAAUGUGUUUCGACCCAGAAGAGGAGAGCACAGUGGGCAUCGACUUAGAUCGUUACCAUUUUCAAGUGACAACAGAAAUGUGGACGACAGGGAAAAAGAAUGAAGAAGGAGACGUUGAUGAAGAAGCUAUUUCAUUUGAAGAAAACGUAGCACGGUUGGCUGCUAAUACGUUGAAGAAGACAAAAACUGUCUCUGAGUUUAGAAGAGAACACAUUGCUGAUGAAGGAGACUAUGAUCUUGAAGAAACUGAUGAUCUCUUGGAGGUAAUCCCCAGUGACAAAACAGUUGGCCCAGAGGAAAUCGAGUCAACAGAGGCUCGUUUAUCCACUGAACAUAGCACGGGUGAAACUCUCAAAGCGAUAGGAGAGGCUCCUGACCAGAAACCAGAAGAAAAUUUACCUUAUCUCACUCCAGAACAAGAAUCAGAAUUUCAAGAAAUUGCUUCAAGAAUUGAACGCAAACUUAAACUCGAGGAAAAAGAAGAUGAAGAUAUCUACUCAAUUCUGUGGGAUUUUGCCGGACAGUCCGUUUAUUAUGUGACACAUCCCCUCUUUCUCACUGCAAGAGCAAUUUACUUUCUUGUUUAUGACCUCAGCCAAAAUCCAGACGAAAAGGCUAAGCCUCUCGUGAAGCAGGGAGUGUACAAAAAGUCCCAAGACAGUUUCAACCUAAAAACUAACUUGGAUUACCUAGAUUUCUGGAUGAAUUCAUUGGCGUCCUUAGCCUUUCAACACCCAAGCCAUGGGCAGGAUCUAGAACCUGGAUCUGAUGUUCUUCCCCAGCAACUUCCAGUCGUUUUUUUAGUCUGCACCCACGCUGAUAAACCUUAUCAUGGCAGAGACCCAUUUGAAAUUGCGAAUGAAGUUUAUGGGACAUUGAAAGAGAGACCCUUUGGUACCCAUUUGUUUGACGUGUAUUGUGUGGAUAAUACAAAGUCAGGCAGUGAGUCUGAGUGUCAAGAAGUCAAGCGCUUAAGACAGGAUGUUCUUUCUGUUUCCAAGGAAUUGCCACAUGUUAAAGAAGUAAUUCCUGUUAAGUGGUUAAAGUACGAAAAGACACUUGAAUGCAUGAAGAAAGGAGGGCAGAAGUGGAUUUCACUUGCUAAAGCAAAGUGCGUUGCAUGUGAUCAAUGCGAAAUCGAGAGUGAAGAUGAGUUUAAGACGCUGCUCAACUUUCUGCAUGACCUAAGAAUCUUGAUCCAUUUUGAUGACACCGCAGAGCUGGAAGAUAUGGUGGUCCUGGAUACUCAGUGGUUGAUAGACGUUUUCAAGAAGGUGAUAACUGUAAAACCCUACCACUGGAAAGAAAAGCCAUUUGUAGACCUAUGGUGUAGGCUCGAAAAGGAAGGAAUCUUGGAGGAGAAGCUUUUAGAACAUGUCUGGAAACCUUUGAUUCUCCACAAAGAAACAUCUGAAAGUUUAGUUGCAAUAAUGGAGAGAUUUAGUCUGCUAUGUUUAUGGCCCUUACCUGAUGUUUCCGGUAAUAAACAAUACCUGGUACCAUCAAUGCUGAAGUCACAUCCACCAGAAGCUGUCAUGAAGUUGGUGUCAACUGCACAUAUGCCUUCUCUUGUUCUCAAAUUUGAAUCUGGUAAAGUGCCUUCUGGCUUAUUUCCUCGACUAGUGCUGCAGUUUUUUCUUUGGGGAAAAGAAAUGUUUUGGAGCUCAGCAAAACCAAAGAUGUACCACAGCUUUGUCAGGUUUUUUCUGUCAAAAGAUGCUGGAGGUUCUGUGAUUCUUCUUUGUCACUCGUGUUACAUUGAGGUUGUCUAUCAUCGUGGGAGUGUAGACGACGGAUUAGGAAAUGCUUUACGGUGCCAAAGGUCGACGGAUAUCUGUUAUAAAGAACAUGAAUUAACGUGUGUCCGUGUCAUCUGUAGACAGUUUGGUUUGAUUCUGGAGUGCAUGCGUAAUCAGUUCUGCUGGCUGAACAGUAUGAGAUACACAAUGGGUAUCAUCUGCCCGGUUUGCCGUGAACAAAGUGCUAAUGACUACUGCGAUAAGCAUCAGAGUCUAAAUUGCAAAGAAGAGGACUGCCUUCACUUUUGGCCCCAGUCUGAUUUGUUUGCUUCUAAGGGGGAAGUCUUUUGCGACAAAUCGGUUUGUGCGCAUAACAGUAGAUUCAGCCCUGAGCGCUGGGCUCCUUGGUUUCCACCUCAGGAUGAUCAGGUGUCAUGCAGUAACUUCUGUGAGAAAACUUUGUCUUUGGAUACAGGAUAUAAAGAUGGAACCCUUUCUGUUCCUGUUGAGAUUCUAGACUCCCUUUUGUCACGGUCGAUUGAUUGCAAAGAUGUUGUACAACAACUGAAGGACAAACUCAAUCUGGACCAAGCUGCUUUGCAAGAUCCCGAUCCUAAUAAAAUGAAGUCGAUUCGUUACUUGGCCAGAAAGGCUAACAUCGCGGGCCGCUAUGAUGUGAUUAAAGAGCUUAGAAGUCUUGUGCCAGCAGGGACCACAGCUCCUUUGUUAUCUGAAAGCCUUCACAUUCGACAAAUACCUUUCAGUCAGCGGAGAAAGCUCACCAUUGCCUUAAGUGGUUUAGACGAGUGGAAACUUUUUGCCGAAAAACUUGGGCUGACCCCAGAGGAGAUUCGUUUCCUUGACCAGCGCACCUUGAAUCCAGUUGAUGCUACCUUGAAUCACAUUGCACAAAGAUGUCCGUUAACUGUGGGAGACCUUUACGACCUAUUAAACGACUGUGAGCUACCUGUCAUAGCUGAUGAGCUCUGACAGAAGAUAUUUUCCUUAUCGGAGAUAUUAGUUUCUUAAACUAAGAGAAAAUUGAUUUUUAUCCAUAUGAAUAGGAACUUUUUACACACAAAAAAUUUCGUAAAUAAAUUUUUUUUCACCCUUCCA